AUGGAGAACGGCCCAUCCUCUGAAGGGAAAGACCCCUCGGCCUUUCUCAGCGAGAUUAUUGGCGCGCCUGUGAUUGUCAAGCUGAAUUCCGGUGUGGUUUAUAAAGGUGAACUCCAAUCGGUCGACGGCUACAUGAACAUUGCUCUGGAAAAAACAGAAGAAUACGUCAAUGGACACCUUCGACGAAACUAUGGCGAUGCGUUCGUGCGCGGAAACAACGGUUAG